UUCUUGCUUAAUGUGGACUCAUUUGCAGUUGAUUUAUGUUUAACAUCAUGAAGCAUCAAUGAAUGGUUUAUUUGUCACAGACUUUGGUUUUGAUCAGUCUCUGGAACCUGAAAAAAUGGGUAGUCCUGCUAGUGACUCUGGAAGCUACACCACAGAUGAAUAUGGAAUGCCAAUUAAGAAGAGGUUGAAACCACUGAGGCCUAUUCAAAAAACUCCAGUCGUAAAUUGGGCUGAUUUAAUUCCUCCACCCCCAGAACAACCCCCUAGUGAAAGGGGGUCACCCUCUGGUACACCUUCUCUUCAUAAAGGUUUUUCUUCUAAUAACAGGGUGAUUAAGCCACAGGGUCAAAUACAACCUGUAAUACGAAAUCCGUAUGUUGGGAGAGGAUUUUCGUCUCCUAUGAGUAGCCGACACAGUAGUGGCUCACCUAGGGGAACUCUUUCUCAAAACUCCAACGAGAAUUUGGAUCGGGGUCCAACUCCACCAGUGAGACCAGGAGUCAGAAUCCCAGGGAUUUCCCUUCCAUUCCAGUCUACAGGUUAUUAUUCUCCAAACCAUCCUCUCAACUUUUAUAACUUGGCAAUGGAUAGAGCUGUACAGUCAUCACUGCCUUCCCUAGCUAGUGAACCUCACAACCAUCCCCAUUCCACAAUCAGAGUAACGGAUCACCCACACUCUGAUGAUCAAGUAACACUAAUAGAAAACCCUUAUCAUCCACUGAACAAACAACUUGAAGUAAGAAAUAAUGAAUACGAUAUUAAACUAGAAAACACACCAGAGUCCAGUGAUGCUGAUUAUGCUGCAGUCCAUGGCGAUUGUCCAUCAUGUAUUAGUACAACUGACCAUAGCAAUAGCUCCUGUACAAGUGCCCGAUCUAGUGCAGCUAGUUCUUCUGAUGGAUCUUUCUAUACAGAGACAGACUUUGCUAGCGCUAUAGCAAGAGCAGCCCAGAAUGCAGGGUAUAGAGUAGAAGGGUCUUUGGUCACAGACCCCAACCCUUCUUCCCAAAAGAAACAUAUCCCAAGACACCGGCCUUACAGGCCUUCAAGUCCUUACAGCACUGACAGCAAUUUAAGUACUGCGAUUCAGCCUAGGCCUCCUCAUCCCAAGUUAAAGAAAAAACUACAAGGGAUUCGAGCAGGAUCAGGACCCCAGAGCUCCGUUAAUACUCCCUCAAGUGCAUCAGACCAAACAGGAUCUUAUGAAGCUCCUUUGCUUCCCAGUGGAUGGCCACCUACUAGUGGUCACGAGUCUGUGCAAGUUGAAAAUUUAACAGAUACUCUACCAAGCUAUAAUAAGCCCAAAUUUCCAUCAUGCUCGAGCCAAGGUUCCAACUCCUCAGGUCGCCGACGACGAGAGCAAGGGCUUACACUGAAUGAAGUACAGCUCCACAUGGCACCGCUUCUGCCAAAGUCUGGCUCAUCUGAACAUGAUGCUGACAACAGUAGACAAGUAACAAGUUUAGAAAAUAGAAGAACACCAGUCAUGUGAAUAUGAAAAACGAUACAUUUAACCAAACUGUAAAAUAAGAAGAUAUAGGAUGAUGCCCAGGAAUCUACACUAUUUCAAGUGUCAUCCUAAAUUACUACAGUAAUAAGAGCACACAAGCACUUGCUGGAAGACUGCCACACUGCAUUAUGGGUAACCUCUUCAAGAAGCAACUCUCUCUGCUUAAGCAGCUGUUACAGAACCACUCAAUAACCAAGUAAUGAGGUAUGAAUGCACCAAAGUGGCACACACACACUUGUUUGAAAAUUAAAAAAAAAAGGGAAAUUGGUAAUAAAUUGUUGAGAGAUUUUAUUUAAGUUACUCCGAAGUAAGAAACUGAAAAGAAAGGACUUGGUUUCCUUUUAUAAACUGGGAGAAAACAAUAAAAAGGUUUUAGAUAAUAAUUCUAAUGAAGAUAAGUUAUGAUGUGCCAAAUUAAGUGUUUUGCAAUAACAUGAAUACAAGAUGUAAUAUGAAAUAGCGCUCAAGUCUAAUGCUAAUUUCCAAGACAAACGUAGAGAUUUAAUUGGAAAGGACAGACAAGCUUUUGACUUGUACAGAGGAAUACUUGCAUAUCAUUAAGAGAUUAUCGAUACUAGAUACUGCGAAUUAAGGCAUCAAUUGAUCACCAUCUUGUUUUGAUGUCGUGAUUACACAUAUCGAUUUUGGAAUAAGAGAGAGUGCUUACUUCUUAUUUAUUCUUAAAAAGGAGAUUAAUUUUACGUUACCUGACGAAAUUAUAUUCGUUAUUUCAGGUAAUGUUACUGAAAUUGUGGAUUCAGUCUUGUAUAGUACGUUUUUUUUUUUGUUUAACUGAUAUUUGAUGUCACCACUAUUUUAGUUUUAAUUGUAAAAGCUGUACAAUAUGCACAUCUGAGGCCUUUAAUGGUUUAGUAACUCUGUCUCUUAUUAAGUGCCAUUACACUAGAUCUUUUUUUUGUCACUUUCAAGAAUAUCAUUUUUCAUGACUUCCUACUGAGAAAGAAGUUUGAGAUAUACGUACAUAUUCAAAGGAAGUAAAUAAAUUCUAGAGUUAGAGCUAAGAUUGUUGAGUGAUAAUACAUUUAUUAACUAUAUUGUGAUUAAAUUUAAUGUAGUUCAUGUAUAUCUAUAAUUAUCCUCAGUUUUAGCUCAUACAGCUUGGUAAUUAGUUAUUACUAUUUAUGAUUGUAACAUAUAUGAAAUAUAAAUUGAAGAUUUUUGUUGGUAUUCUGAACAUUUUUCAUUUAAUAUAUUAAUGAGUGUAAGGUGGUAAAAUAUCAAGAAGGAUUAGCAUAUACUGGCCAACCAGAAAAUAAUGGCAAAUAUAUCUCAUUUUUUAAUGAACUCAUUUGUAAAACUGUAGGUAUUAGCCCGAUUAUUAUAAUUAUAAAUAGAUGCUUCAAGUUGUCCUGUUCUGAUAUUUAAUUGUUUUAGCAUGGCCACAGAAUAUAAAUCUGGUAACUGAAGAAUUGAUAUAAUUGUAAAUUUUGUUAAAAUUGUUCUUUAAAGUAUCUUCUGGGAAGUGCCAAAAUAUGUGUUAACACAAAUAUAGUCUGCUUAAACUUUGACAAUGAUGACGUGUGGAUAGAAAGAAAAAAUAUAUCUAAGAUAUCAUAACGAUGUGUUGUUGGGUUUCAGUUUUUUGUCAUCAUAUGUUAUUAUUGUAACACCAGUUACUAUUGUUCAUACAAGUUUUUACAAAUACCUCUGUAUUCAGUAGAUAAAAUCAGUUUCCAAGGUUGCUACAGUUACAAACUUCUGUUGCUGUAGCCACUGGAAUACAAUUAACAUUUUCAUAAAACAAAAAUUGUGUUGCAAUACCUGCACUUGUUUGACUUAUAUACAAAACCAGCAUUAAAAAUACUAUUUCUUAAAGUUGAUUAUACAUUGUGAUUUUUAUGCUAAAAUAGUCAGAAUGUUGGCUGAAGUAUCUACCUAAAAAUCCUUUAGCAACAACAAAAAAAUACUUUAUUGGUCAAUAUUUUGCCUCUGCAGCUUCUUCACGAGAGGCUGUAAAGAACAAUAUUUUUUUUUUUUAUUGAAGGAUUGAUGUUCAAUGCUUUGUAUUCCAAAUGGGAACCAAUAGGCCUAACAGUAUCUUAUGAUGUUUCUUUCAUUGGGUUCCAAGAGUACUGAGGAAGAAAAAGAAACUCCUGUCCAAAAUAAAGUAAUAUAAAGUAAUUAUUACUAUUAAUAUGUAAUAUGUUGAAUGUGUAAUUCAACACUAGAUUCUAAAUUAAUAAAAAGUUUUAACACUCUGUAUCUUCCAUCAACAGUUUUUUAGGAUGAAAUUCUGCCACAGUAAUAUUCUUGAUCUAAAGUUUUGAAGCAAAAUCUAAGAUGAAGUGUUUAUUGCCAGUUAUAUUCUUGAUGUAAUACCUUGCAGUAAAAUCUAACAUGAAGUGUUUAAUACCACAGUUAUAUUCUUGAUGUAAUACCUUGCAGUAAAAUCUAAGAUUAAGUGUUUAUUGCCACAGUUAUAUCCUUGAUGUAAUACCUUGCAGUAAAAUCUAACAUGAAGUGUUUAAUACCACAGUAAUAUUCUUGAUGUAAUACCUUGCAGUAAAGUCUAACAUGAAGUGUUUAAUGCCACAGUAAUAUUCUUGAUUUAAAGUUUUGAAGCAAAAUCUAACAUGAAGUGUUUAAUGCCACAGUAAUAUUCUUGAUGUAAUACCUUGCAGUAAAAUCUAACAUGAAGUGUUUAAUGCCACAGUUAUAUUCCUGAUCUAAUACCUUGCAGUAAAAUCUAAGAUGAAGUGUUUAAUUCCACAGUUAUAUUCCUGAUCUAAUACCAUGUAAUUCAAUCUAAGAUGAAGUGUUUAAUGCCACAGUUAUAUUCCUGAUCUAAUACCUUGCAGUAAAAUUUAAGAUGAAGUGUUUAAUUCCAGUUAUAUUCCUGAUGUAAUACCUUGCAGUAAAAUCUAAGAUGAAGUGUUUAAUUCCACAGUUAUAUUCCUGAUGUAAUACCUUGCAGUAAAAUCUAAGAUGAAGUGUUUAUUGCCACAGUUAUAUUCCUGAUGUAAUACCAUGUAGUAUAAUCUAAGAUGAAGUGUUUAUUGCCACUGUUAUAUUCCUGAUGUAAUACCAUGUAGUAUAAUCUAAGAUGAAGUGUUUAUUGCCACAGUAAUAUUCCUGAUCUAAUACCUUGCAGUAAAAUCUAAGAUGAAGUGUUUAAUUCCACAGUUACAUUUCUGAUCUAAUACCUUGCAGUAAAAUCUAAGAUGAAGUGUUUAAUUCCACAGUUACAUUUCUGAUCUAAUACCUUGCAGUAAAAUCUAAGAUGAAGUGUUUAAUUCCACAGUUACAUUUCUGAUCUAAUACCUUGCAGUAAAAUCUAAGAUGAAGUGUUUAAUUCCACAGUUAUAUUCCUGAUCUAAUACCUUGCAGUAAAAUCUAAGAUGAAGUGUUUAUUGCCACAGUUAUAUUCCUGAUGUAAUACCAAUGUAGUAUAAUCUAAGAUGAAGUGUUUAUUGCCACAGUAAUAUUCCUGAUCUAUGCAAGUAUUCUAGUGUGUUGACUCUUGAAUUAAAGAAAGAGAAACUGACCCCUUUUCUUCCAAGUUUCCACUCUGUAGCAGGAAGUUUGUUGUACUACUGGACGUUGUGAGGUUUACCAGUGUAUUGAUAUGUACAUACGUAGAAAAGGAAGUCAUUUUGUAAAAUAAAGACUAUGUUAAAAUGU